CACCAACUUUCUCACCAAUUAUCAGCGCUUGCGACUUUAGUACUCACUCACUCACUCACUAAUCUCUCUCUCUCUGAAUUACUGAAAUCCCACUCUAAACACACCACCAACCCACCCAAUUGAAAAGCUGUAUACUCCAUCAACAACCUCCAUAUAGAUAUAUAUAAAAACAUAUAUAGAGAAAAAAAUAGAGAGAGAGAGUACUACACAAUUUAGCAAUGGCGGCGUCUGCUUACUCGACCCUUCUCUCCAGCACUUCAUCUCUCAACAAAACCUCAUCCUCGUCUCUUUCAUGGAAGAUUCCCCACUCCUCCGCCUUCGGCGUCUCCGUCGCCUUCUCCCACCGCCGCCGAGCCGCAUCGUCGUUCGUCGUGUUGGCGAUGGACGCCAAACCUACCGUCCUCGUCGCCGAGAAGCUCGGGGAGGCCGGGCUCAACCUGCUCAAGGACUUCGCGAACGUGGAUUGCUCGUACAACUUGAGUCCCGAAGAGCUUUGCACGAAGAUCUCGCUCUGUGACGCUCUGAUCGUGCGCAGCGGCACCAAAGUAAAUCGCGAGGUGUUCGAGUCGUCCGGCGGAAGGCUCAAGGUCGUCGGACGCGCCGGGGUCGGGAUCGACAACGUGGAUCUCGCCGCCGCGACGGAGCACGGGUGCCUUGUGGUGAACGCUCCGACGGCGAACACUGUUGCGGCGGCCGAGCACGGAAUCGCGCUUCUCACGGCCAUGGCUCGCAACAUCGCGCAGGCCGAUGCGUCUGUGAAAGCAGGGAAAUGGCAGCGGAACAAAUAUGUGGGUGUUUCCCUUGUUGGCAAAACCCUUGCUGUGAUGGGCUUCGGGAAGGUUGGAACAGAAGUUGCCAGGCGUGCCAAAGGGCUUGGUAUGCAUGUGAUUGCCCAUGAUCCGUAUGCCCCAGCUGAUCGUGCCCGUGCAAUAGGCGUGGAGCUUGUGUCUUUUGAUGAAGCCAUAUCAUCUGCAGAUUUUAUCUCACUUCACAUGCCUCUUACUCCGGCUACAUCAAAGAUUCUCAAUGAUGAAAAUUUUGCAAAGAUGAAGAAAGGAGUUCGGAUUGUCAAUGUUGCUCGUGGUGGAGUGAUUGAUGAAGAAGCUUUAGUAAAGGCAGUGGAUGCAGGCAUUGUUGCUCAGGCUGCACUCGAUGUCUUCACAGAAGAGCCACCACCAAAGGAUAGCAAGUUGGUGCAGCAUGAGAACAUAACCGUAACUCCGCAUCUUGGUGCAAGUACUAUGGAAGCUCAGGAAGGAGUGGCCAUUGAAAUAGCUGAAGCCGUUGUUGGAGCCCUAAAAGGGGAGCUUGCUGCUACUGCAGUCAAUGCACCAAUGGUUCCUGCUGAGGUUCUAUCAGAACUGAAACCAUAUGUUGAACUUGCUGAGAAACUUGGUAGACUGGCUGUUCAACUAGUAGCAGGUGGAAGUGGUGUGAAAUCAGUAAAAGUGACCUAUGCUUCUGCUAGAGCCCCUGACGACCUCGACACAAGGCUGCUCCGUGCUAUGAUAACCAAGGGUCUUAUUGAGCCUAUUUCCAGUGUUUUUGUAAACUUGGUGAAUGCAGAUUUCAGUGCUAAACAGAGAGGAUUGCGGAUAUCUGAAGAACGAAUCCUUCUGGAUGGUUCGCCCGAAAAUCCACUUGAGUUCAUCCAGGUUCAGAUUGCCAAUGUGGAAUCAAGAUUUGCCAGUGCCAUUUCCGAUUCUGGGGAGAUUAAAGUGGAAGGACGCGUGAAAGAUGGGAUUCCACAUUUGAUGAGGGUAGGAUCUUUCGAAGUGGAUGUGAGCUUGGAAGGUAGUAUUAUACUCUGCAGACAGGUUGAUCAGCCAGGUAUGAUUGGAAAGGUCGGUAGCGUUUUAGGAGAGGAGAAUGUGAAUGUGAGUUUUAUGAGUGUCGGAAGGAUUGCUCCACGAAAGCAAGCUGUAAUGGCAAUUGGAGUGGACGAGCAACCCAGCAAGGAGACUCUGAAGAAGAUCGGAGAGAUUCCAGCUGUCGAAGAGUUUGUAUUCCUUAAGUUAUAAGGUGUCAUCUAUCUAUAUCUUUCCAUUAUGAAUUAGUGCCCAAUUUUGAUUAUUUUUGUUGUGUCAUGUGGUGGUAGCUUUAAGGAGGUGAAACGAAUAAUGGUUGUGCAAUUUAUAUUGUACUUUAUUGAGUUGCUAUCUUUAUAUCAAAUUUUGUUUCAA